AUUUAUCGGAUAUGUCCGGUUCAUCGUGCCAAGUUAGAUUUAGGUUGGCGAAGGACGGGUAAUCUUUGCACCAUCCCGGAAGUUGUUUCUGGUCACUGCAAGGAGGGGGCAGGAGAGAGGAGGAUGUAGAUUGGAUGGGUGGCCAACCCUCUCCAUUGUGUAUCUGCAGAAGUAAGAAAAUUAAUUUGUACAUCAAAACCUAAAUACGUUAUAUUACACCAUUUAAAAUCUAAAAAAGCAUGUGUCGAGGACUGUUAAAUUACUUGUCCUAUGAUAUGUGUCCAUGGCAGCCGAAAUUAGACAGCUCUUAAUUAGAAUUUCGUUAAUUUAAAGUUUAACUGGAAAACUUGGUAACCAGAGUCGGAAGCAGGGUUCGUGAAUGAUAUAAGGAAGUCAUAGGUGUUUUAACACUAACUUUACUAGAAAUGUCGAACUGGCUCACGAAUCGUGGGCGAAUCUUUUGUUCAUUGUUUAUAGAAAAUAUUUUAACUUUUUCGCACUACAGGUCGAUCAUGAAGCUGACACUGAUAUUUCCCUUCCUGUACCGAUCACUGAUACUGAAUGCAAAGAAGGUAGAUCUAAACGAGAGAGCCUUUACGUGCCAGACGAAGAUUCGCAAGAAAGCGAAGAUGACAUAAACUAUGUGCAAGGUGAAUCCCUGAAACAACUCAAUCGCUUUCUACAGCUUCGUGACACCAGCCCAGUCCGCCAUGUACUAUCAGUACCAUUGAAUGUAGCUCAAAGCCGUACUAAACGCCGUUAUUUGAGAAAAGCUGAACAGUGUGCUUCAGCAGUAAUGGAAGUCCUUGCUCCUGAAGAUUCGAAUUGCUUGUGGAGGGAAUUAUGUGAGCGCGAAGUGAAUCGAAGAACAACUGGCGGGAAAAGUUGUAAGGAAGUGGAGCUUCUUCAAGCGUUUGCCGAGAGUUAUUUGAACGCUCAACACUGGAGUACCCGUCGGCAAAUACUCUCAAUCCUGGCUGACAAGUUGUCUUUCAAAGAGGUGCAAGAAUUUAUCCCAACCCUGACAAGUUACCGCUUUGACAUAGCACGACACCACACCCUGCUUCAUGGAAGAGCAGAACAGAUUCCUCGCCAAGAAAACAGGAGAAUGAAAGUUGACCAAGGAAAAUUGGAAGAUUUCAUUUCAAUUAUCACAAGUUCACAUGUGAUUCAAGAUGUUCCAUUUGGCGAAAGGCUUUUGAAGUUAUCAACCGGUGAGGUUAUUAAAACACCAAAUGUAAUCAGAAUGAUGAUUCCGGAGCGUAUUGUUCAACAGUACCAACAAUAUUGCAGUGAAAGAGGUUUUGAGCCCAUGAGCAGGCGAACACUGCAUAGAGUGCUAGAUGAGUGUUCUGCGUCUGUUAGGAAGUCUUUUCAAGGACUUGAUAACUUUUCAUCUCAAGGAGCAGAAGCAUUUGAUGACCUGGACAAAGUGGUCGAUAAACUGGUUGAUUGUGGAAAAACAGAAGUGUGGGCCAGGGAA